AUGCGGAAUCCACUGCCCACUCUGCUGCACCUUCAUUCUGUCCCUGGCUUGGCUUCACCGCCUCAGUUCCCUAUGCCAACUCCGCGCUUCCCCUCCAAGCCCGUCCAAGCAAAAGAGCAAUUAGGACUGAGAAGUUGCUGGAACAGCCCUCAAGACAGGGCUGCAGGAUACUUUUGGAAGUCAGGGGGCUGGAGGGAGUGGUUGGUGCCUGUGGGGGCUGAGCUUCUGUGUCUCCCCCAGGACAGCGGAGCUGGCCACCUCUCAUUCUAUAGGAAGUUGUGCUAUGGCAUUGGAGGGGUUCCCAACCAGGUGGCCUCCAGCGCCAUAGCCUUUUACCUGCAACUUUUCCUGCUCGAUGUGGCACAGAUCCCUGCUGCCCAGGUGUCACUGGUCCUGUUUGGAGGGAAGGUGUCUGGGGCAGCUGCAGACCCUUUGGCUGGGUUUCUCAUCAACAGAAGCAGGAGGACAGGUUCUGGACGACUCAUGCCCUGGGUGCUGGGCUGCACACCCUUCAUUGCCCUGGCCUACUUCUUCCUGUGGUUCUUGCCCCCCUUCACCACCUUGCGAGGCCUUUGGUACACGACCCUCUACUGCCUGUUCCAGGCCCUGGCCACGUUUGUCCAGGUGCCCUACACAGCGCUGACCAUGCUCCUGACCCCCAACCCCAAGGAGCGGGACUCAGCCACCGCGUACCGGAUGACCUUGGAGAUGGCGGGGACGCUGAUGGGAGCCACCAUCCACGGACUCAUCGUGUCUGGUGCCCACGGGUCCCACAGGUGCAAGGAGGACGUGCUCCCAGGGGAAGUGGCUGUUUCCCCCAAUGCGACUCGUCUCUACUUCAUUGCAGCUGCUGUGGUUGCUUUGACUUACCCAGUGUGCAGUACUUUGCUCUACCUGGGGGUGAAGGAGCGAUCAGACCCCUCCACCCCAGCAUCCGGUCAGGGCCUGGGCUUCCUGGCUGGACUGGGUCUCACAGUCCGGCAUCGGCCCUAUCUGAAGCUGGUCGUCUCCUUCCUCUUCAUCUCAGCAGCUGUUCAGGUGGAGCAGAGCUACCUGGUCCUGUUCUGUACACAUGCCUCCCAGCUUCAAGACCACGUCCAGGGCAUGGUGCUGACCAUCCUGGUCUCAGCAGUGCUGAGCACCCCGAUGUGGGAGUGGGUUCUGCAGCGAUUUGGGAAGAGGAUGUCGGCCCUUGGGAUCUGUGCAAUGGUGCCCUUUGCAAUCCUGCUGGCUGCUGUGCCCAUGGUGCCUGUGGCAUAUGUCGUGGCCUUUGUGUCUGGCCUGAGCAUCGCUGUGUCCUUGCUGCUACCCUGGUCCAUGCUUCCAGACGUGGUCGAUGACUUCCAGCUGCAGCACCAGCAUGGCCCAGGCCUGGAGACCAUCUUCUACUCAUCCUACGUCUUCUUCACCAAGCUUUCGGGAGCAGGCGCCCUGGGCAUCUCCACUCUCAGCCUGGACUUCGCAGGGUACGAGUCAGGAGCCUGCAGGCAGUCGGAGCAGGUGGUGGUGACCCUCAAGGUCCUCAUCGGUGCUGUGCCCACCAGCAUGAUCCUCAUUGGUCUCUGCAUCCUCAUGGUCGGCCCCACUCCCAAGGUGCCAAGACAGGCCAACUCCCGCUCCCUGGGGAGGAGGACCAGCUACACUCUGGCUUGAAUUUGAGACCCUGUGAGCCAGCACAUCAGGAGCAGCAUCUUCUGGGCUCCAGGCCCCCCUUUUUAGCCCUUUGGCACCCCCGCCUCACCAUUUACACACAACCUGUCUUUUCCCCAGGGAUGUGGAGUCUUCAGUGACUCUCCUGAAGGGAGUGGCCUGGGCUCCACCUUUCAUGUCUUACCCGUUGACCUCAGGACAUCUCAGAGAGGCCUGUGCUGCUGACUACCCAGGUCUGGGCAACCUGUGACCUGGAAAGCAUUCCUGUAGCAACUAUUCCUGGAAAAAGGAAGCCCCUACCAGCCUGGUCUGCAGACUUCUGUGGGAGCACCAGGCCCACCAACCUGCUUAGAUGGCAAAGCUACUUGACAAGACAGACGCACAGAAUUCUUGUUUCUCCUGAUGGUCCAGUGGUCAUCUAAUGGAGAGGCUGACAGACAGCAUGUGAAUGGGCAGAGAAGGGACAGAGGGACAUGCUGGGAUAUCCAGGCGGAGAGAUACACAGAUGCAGCCAGAGAGGUCAGCAGACCCCAGAGGGAGUGGAUCGGGCCAGCAGUGGGGACAGGUUUCAUGUCUUUGGGGAAGAAAGAUCCACUAAGGUUUAUUUUUUCAGAAACAAAGGGUUUACCUUCUACUUGCUUGCUUGCGCGUGUGGUCAGUCGUGUCUGACUCUUUGCGACCC